UUCAAAGUCCUCCGUUAGAGAAGACUCCUCUCUCUCUCUCUCUCUCUCUCUCUCUCUCUCUUCUUCUCUUUUCUUAGCAACACCAUGAAGAAGCUAUACCGGAGAGGCACGGUUCAUCCAUCACCGCCGGGGACAGCCGAUUGUCUGUCCUUUCUUCCGGCUGCCAUCUUGACUCUUGCAGCUGGUUUAUCCCUGGAGGACAAGGAGGUCUUGGCGUAUCUCAUCUCUUGCUCCAACACUGACUUUCCCAACUUCUCCACUCACCGGAAGAACACACCCAAGAACUCAACUAAAAGCGGUGGCAGCGGUGGAGGAGGAGGAGGAGGAAGCGGGCAUGAUCAUCCUCCUCUGUUUUGCUGUGAUUGUUUUAGGUGUUACACGAGUUACUGGGUCAGGUGGGACUCGUCGCCGAAUCGACAGCUUAUACAUGAAAUAAUAGAUGCUUAUGAAGAUGGGUUGGCCCAAGGGAAAAAUAAAAAGGGCAAGAAAGAAAGACGAAAGAAAAACGGUGGUGAUGGGUCCGGUGAACUGAGGCGGCAAGAGUUGAGCUUGGGAAAGGAGGAAUUUGGUAAGUUAGAAUCGGUGGAAGAUAGCAGCGGCAGCGGUGGUGGUGGUGAUGGUGAGGUUUGUCUUGAUAAUGGUGAAGAAGGAGGAGAUAAGGGUUCGGUGAGGAAAUUUGUGAGCUUUAUCGGAGAGAGGAUCUGGGGUGUUUGGGGACAAUAUUGAAUCCAGAGGAAAAUGAAGGGAAAAAAAAAAGGUAGGGGGGGUUUAGGUUUAAAUCAAGUUUUUCCUCUUUCUAAGAGAGCAAAAAAGUUUUCAUCUUUGAGUUUGUUUUUGGUCAAUUUUCAUCUUUGUAAAUUACCCUUUUCACAAUGUUAAAAUGGGUAGUUUAGUCUUCAAUCAUCAUAAGUUUUGAUGUUCAUCAAAGCUAGCAAGCAAGCAUCUUGAUUAUGAUGAUCGUAUCUUAAUCUUAUGUUUCUUCUUCUAGCUCCAUCUGUCUCCUGUCUGUAUAAAUUCAGGACUUAUAUAUUCUGGGUAGUUCAAUGUAGGAAAAGAAAUUAGAUAUAUUUUUUCUCUUCUUUUGUUUGUUUUCAAAUUUCAUCCAAAAAUAACUGUAGUAUUAAUGAAUAAUGAUUCUCAUU